AUGUUUGGUUUCUUAUCAUUUUUGCUAUCGUUACAUUUAAAGAUUGCUAAGACAUAUGAUAGAAAACAAACGACACAAAAAAAUUCUAUCUUUGCCACAUUAUAUAAUCAUGGAGAACCUACUAAUCAGACAUUACAAUUUACUUUCCCGGACUCUAGAUUCAAUUUAGAUAAAGAAAUUAUUGAACCAGAUAUAAUCUUAUAUAUUCAACUUUGGCCAUUUUUAUGUAUGAUCCUGAUAAUGAGUUUCAUUUGGUUCAUUUACAAACAAACUAAAAGACAUCAGAAUAGAAAAAUUCACUUAAAUAAUGAGAUUAUCACCACGACAACAACAAAAAUGUUUACUCAUGAAUUACCUGCAGCACCUGUAUCGUUAUUGAUUUGGAAACAUCAAUUACCAUUGUUAUCAUCAUUCCAUGAAUUGGAAGAAUUAGAGACAUUUACCACGGCUUUGCCAUCUCGCGGUGGCGGCCUCGAAUAA